AUGUCACUUCUCGCCUUUCUUCCGGCGUUCGCGCCGUUUGCUUUUUCGACCCUCGUUGUGAGCGGCCUCGCCUCCAAGGCCUUGCAUAUCGGCAUCCACAUUCACUCGCUACCUUUCCUCUACCUCGUCAUCUAUUCGCCCACCCUCGUUCUCCCCGAAAUCCUGAUAAUUACCUGUGCGCGACUCUUGUUGCAGUGGCCGGCGCCAGAAACCAAACUACAAUGGCUGUCAACAUGUGUCGGAGGGAUCUUGGGUCUUCUUACCUGGGGAGCCUCCGCCAUCCAGUUCGGCUUCUUCAUCCAAACCGGCGCCGAAGUCGCCUGGAACGCCAGCAAUAGUUUCCUCAGCGAUCCUGCUGCCAUGAAGAUUCUCCUCAGCGGUAUCUCGACCGUUUUCGCGGCGGCGGCCGUGCUUGGAAUCGCCGCGUGGCUUCUCAAUACCCAGGUUUAUAACCUGACCGGGCUCGGUUUGCAGGCGAUCCAAGACCUUUUGCUCAGCGGGUAUAACUUCUGCAGAGGGGGCUAUCAGACACGUUACACCUUGCUCUCCGCGCCCAGCAAGUCGUGGAUCAACUCGGUCGAUAUCAGAUCUGCACGCCGUGCCGCCUUCGUUGUUGCCGCUUGUUUCUCUCUGUUGUUUUUGGAACUCGUCCGUCCUGCGAUUCCGUACGAUCACCUUUCUGCGGCACUCCCGCUGUCCUUACUCGAUGCCUUCAACAAAAAGUCCAGCACCUUGGGAGGUUGCCGUAACCCCGCGACUACCUUUCCCCUGUGGACCGAUGUCGAUCCUGUGCCGCUCGAUGAAGGAUGGUCGCGGCCGUCAUGGCUGCCGCAGAACCCACCGGGUGGGUUUCGCCGCUGGGAUGUCCACCCCGACCAGCGUGCGGAGAGCGAUAACCCGUCGUGGUAUCUUUGCGGGGGUGGAGACGACGGAGGCUUCUACAAUCCCAAAGCGGACCCGCUGAAGAUCUCGAAUCUGGAUCGUGGGAUUUACGAUCCCUUGAAGAAGGCGUUCGAGCAACACGCCGUGUCGAUCGAUCAUGUGAUCCUCGUGACCCUGGAAAGCGGACGCAAGGAUAUGUUCCCCAUGCAGCAGGGAUCCCCCUUGUUCCACAGCCUCCUGGACUCGCACCCAGACGAAGAUCGAGAUGAGGCCACGGAUCGGCUGGUUGAGAUGACUCCGGUCGCACAGAUGUUGACGGGAGAGUAUGUGAAGAAUAGCAAGGGCAAGCCCGUGGACUUGCGCAAUGCCACCUGGCACGAUACCGCGCAGAAGAAUAUGGGUGGCCUGAAUGUUCGUGGGGCUGUAACUGGCAGCUCACUGACGUUUAAGAGUAUUCUUGGCAGCCAUUGUGGUGUUAACUCUCUUCCAGUGGAUAUGUUGGAGGAAUCCCUGCUCGAGAUCUACCAGCCAUGCUUGCCGCAACUCUUCGAAGCAUUCAACCAGGCCAAGAAGCCCCAGGUAGAACCGUCAGAGGAACACAUCGUGGAAAAGCGCAGUUUGGCACCUAACCAGUCUGAAUCUUUGAAGUAUCCGUGGAAAUCGGUCUUCAUGCAGUCCAUCACCGACGACUACGACCGCCAAGAUAUCAUGAAUGAACACAUGGGAUUUCGACACAAGGUUGUUAAGAGCACUCUACAAGACCACGAGUCAAAGUAUCGCGCUGAGGGCGAAGAAAUUAACUACUUCGGAUACGCCGAGACCGAGCUCAAACCAUACAUCCGCGAUCUCUUCGAAGAAGCCGCCAUCAACAAAACACGCCUCUUCCUCUCCCACGUCACCAGCACAACCCACCACCCCUGGGAAACGCCCGAAGACUUCGCGAUGGAGCACUACAUGGGCAACCAGGGCAACAUCAACCACGGUCUAAUGAACAACUACCUGAACGCAGCCCGUUUCGUUGAUAACUGGCUGGGCGACAUCAUGACGAUGCUCGAUGAAGCCGGCAUCGCAAAUAACACCCUUGUCGUCUUCGUUGGCGACCACGGCCAAGCAUUCGGCGAAGACAACAGAGACUUGACAGGGACCUACAACAACCCGCACAUUAGCAACUUCCGUGUCCCACUCGUCUUCCGACACCCGCACAUGCCCCGAAUCAACAUCAACGCCAACGCAACCUCCCUCUCCAUCAUCCCGACUAUCCUGGAUAUGCUAAUCCAAUCCCACUCGCUCGACGAACGCGACUCGGAAAUUGCUUCCGCCGUCUUGCCAGAGUACCAAGGCCAAUCGCUCAUCCGACCUUUUUUGCCAUUCAUCAACGAGACCUCCGGAUCCAAAAAUACCACAGAAAGAGAUCUCACCCCUCUAGGUCCGGAAUAUGAGCACCCCCACUUUAAAUCAGUCUGGAACUUCGGCGUGAUCAACUCCGGCGGCGCCAUAAUGUCCGUGAUGGCUGCUAAUAUCCCGUACCGCCUCAUCCUGCCGAUCCAGGAGGACUUUGAGUACACGUUCACGCAUCUGGGCGAUGACCCCGCCGAACUGAAUCCCAUCAAGGCGUGGACUUUGUCUGAUCUUGUUGAUCUGGUAGAGACGAAGCUUGGGGAUGAGCCAGCUGCUUGGUUGAAGGAUGCGGAGAAAGUUGGGAGGUGGUAUGUUAAUGAUCAAAGGAGGAUUUGGGGGUAUCGGGAGGCUUGA